CAGCACUUCUUGAAGAGCUGACAUAAUGUGCCCAAAAAGAAAUUGCAUACAAACAAAGACGUCGAAAUAAAUCGGGUGGUGAAUGUAACGAAUAAAGAAAGCAAAUAUAUAGCAAAUUAAAAAAAUACUAAAAAUACGCUUUGUCGAGGUUAAAUAAGCUUUUGGGAUCCAUGAAAACGAUUUUUUGUUCCUAAAACUAUUAUAACAGUUCGAUAUUAUAACAUUGAAAAACCCCGAAGGAAAAAAAGUAAAAUAUCUAAUUUCUUACGUCUAACUACUGAUGUUAGUGUUCAGCAGAGGUAGAUUACCUGCCUCUUUAAAAAAUUCAGUUACUAAAUAUGUAUAUAAUUCAAAGCCGAAAACCAUUUUAAAUUCGACUAAAAAAAUUCGGCACGCAACAAUAUAAAAUGAUCAUGAGCGUUAAAAAGUUUAAUAACUAGCGUAUAUUAAUUCGUUGUAAUAAUUAUUCAGAGUUGCCAAUUUUUAUUGCAGCAGCUGACUGUUACCGACUUUUUUGCGUUUAAUAGACAACCCUUUAAAACUACAAGAACAAUGUUCGCAACAGCAAGUCGCUUUUUCAGUAAAGUGUAUUAAAUUUUCGAUAUAAAACAAUUCGGAACGAGCUUUGAAAGAAGCGGAUCUCUGAUAAAAAUGAUGAGACUAAAAGCGUACCUAAAGGAAGGCCUCAAUGUGGCGGCGGUAAUGGGUAUGGGCGAUGCUAUAGCCCAGUUGCUUUUCGAUAAGAAACCAUUUGACGAAUUGGAUGCGGGGCGAACCCUUCGAUUCGGCAUCCUUGGACUGGUCUUCGUCGGCCCAGCUUUGCGGCGGUGGUACCUAUUGUUGGAGUCCCGGGUUCCCGAAACUUAUUCACCAAUGCGGCGCGGCGUUACCAAGAUGCUGGUCGACCAGACCCUCUUUGCGCCCCCUUUUACCAUGGCCAUGUCCUUCCUGGUGCCACUGGCCAACGGGGAGCCCAUAGACCGAAUCCGGCAGCGCAUUCUUGACAGCUACCCCUCUAUAUUGGUCCGCAACUACAUGCUUUGGCCGGCCGCACAGAUGUUAAACUUCAGGUUUGUGCCGCUUCCUUACCAGGUGCUCUACGCCCAGUUUAUCGCCCUCGUAUGGAACUGCUACCUUUCCCUGGUUCUUAAUAGCUAGGGCACUAAGUGUCCCUACCCGGAUUUGUAAUCCCAUGCCUAUGUAUCCAAUUAAAUAUAUUAUUAUCCCAUGAUUAUUAGUUCGACACCUGA